UUCCAAUGCAAGGAAAAUGGGAAUUAAAUAUGUCCUAAAUUACCUCCGUCGCACAGCAUUAUCGAUAGUGUAGAGGUACCUAUAGCCCCACUAGAUUGUACCUAGGUUCCAUACAUAGGUACCUGACUACUUGCCUAUCAAAUAUCUGGACAAGGACCUGUAGCUCAAAACUUCAAAACUUCAAAUAUUCACACUCCAGUCACCAAUGACACCAAUGACACCAAUGACACCAAUAACACCAAUGACAUAGAAUUAAGCCUCGAAAUGCUCAUUAGCCCCAUAACAAGAUGCUCUACGACCUCAACAUCGCCUGGUCGUCUUCCAUCAGCACCGCCGAGCUCGAGCGCACAUUGAGGUUCAGCUCGCAACUCGGCUACAAUGUCGUUGCGCUGAACCACAAUCUCGACGCACCCCUACCCUCGCAGAUCCCGAACCCAAUCCCCCAACUCGCCCGCCAGCAGUGCAUCCCCACCGUCCUCCGCCGCCUAACUGUUAAUUUCUCAGACCCGUCGCAAAACCAGCAGCUCCCCAAAGCUGCGCAGGCCUAUGAUAUUCUAGCACUCCGCCCGCAAACCGAGAAGGCAUUCCAGGCUGCCUGUCUUACCGUCAGCACCACCGAGGUUUCUAUUAUCUCGCUGGACCUCACCGCGCGCCUACCCUUCCACCUGCGUCCUAAGCCAUGCAUGGCCGCCGUCGCGCGGGGCCUGCGCUUCGAGGUCGCCUACGGUCAAACGCUGAGACCCGAUGCUGACGCCCGCGCUCGCGCCAACUUCGCCGGCAAUGUGAUACAGCUCGUGCGCGCGACCCGCGGCCGCGGCCUAAUUUUAAGCAGCGAAGCGGCCGAUACCAUGGCCCUGCGAGCCCCCGUCGACAUUGUCAACUUGCUCGCCGUAUGGGGUCUCCCUACCGAUAGGGGUAUGGAGGCGCUGGGCGUGAACCCGCGGGGUGUGGUGGUGAACGAGGGGAUUAAGCGAAGCGGGUUUAGGGGUGUGGUGGAUAUUGUAAACGUGGCGGAGCGCAGCGAGGAGGAGCAGUCGAAGCUAUCGAAGGGCAAGGACAGGGAGGUGGUGGAAGUAAAAGAUAAUAGAAAAAGGAAGAACGGAGGGGGCGAGACAGCUGAGAAAGGAGGGGGCGGUGGAGAGAAUGCGCCGGUCAGCAAGAGGCAGGCGAAGAAGCUCAAGGCUGCGUUAAGAAAAAAGGAGGUUGAGCAAAAGGGAGCUCGGUGAAGAAUGAACGAAUGAAUGAACGAAAAGACAAUUGGUAUAUCAAGAUUUACAUACGGUGAUGGCGUUUGGAAGAAUAGAUCGGCGAACUGGAGAUACCCUUAUGAAAUAUAUUAUAUAUUCUCGCUCACUUGUACAUAUCACACUCACGCAUCUCAACGACUCGGUUCAAGGCCAGCCUCGACUCAAUUAUUUGUUGCUUAUUUAUUUCAGCAGCGAGAAGCGAAGCGAAGAAGUCAAAAGCUAUAUACAUACAACUCAUGUGCUCCUAGCAUCUCGUGGUAAACGUAAGCCGU